CAUUUGUUACACGCAUGCGCACAUCGCACUACCUUUUCUCUCCUUUACUCUGUAUAUAUCCGUGUAGUCAAGCUGUCGGUAGGAGAACAUCAUGUUUUCUGCCCUCAUUCGUGUUUCUGCGGCCGGAAUCAGAAAUUUAGCACGAACAGGUCCUCAAUGUACAGCUCCACUGGUUUCCCGUUGCUACUCUCAUGCCAAAGCAGAGACUGAUGAGGAGUUUGAUGCUCGCUGGGUCACUUACUUUAGCAAGCCCAGCCUUGAUGACUGGGAACUUAGAAAAGGUGUGAACACUCUGAUCGGCUAUGACCUUGUCCCCGAACCUAAGAUCCUCGACUCUGCACUGAGAGCCUGCAGAAGGCUGAAUGACUUAGCCAGCGCAGUUCGCAUUUUAGAGGCAGUAAAGGAUAAGUCUGGACCACAUAAAGAGAUCUAUCCAUAUCUGAUUCAAGAACUUCGCCCCACUCUUAUGGAGCUGGGCAUCUCGACCCCAGAGGAACUGGGCAUCGAUAAAGUUUAAACAGGUGCCUUCAAGGAGGAUUGAAGUCUUGAGACACGUCCAGGAAGGUUGUUCACUGCACUUCAAGCCCGCCUUGUUUUUAUUGGCCAGUGUUCAUAAAGUUCUGUAGUGUCAUGCCUAAACGUUUUGACUUAAUAAACAGAGCAAUAUCUAA